AUGCAAAAAUAUGAAAAAUUGGAAAAAAUUGGCGAAGGUACCUAUGGUACCGUCUUUAAGGGCCGCAAUCGUGAAACAAUGGAGAUAGUGGCUCUCAAACGUGUACGAUUGGACGAAGACGAUGAAGGUGUACCAUCCUCAGCGCUGAGGGAAAUUUGUUUGUUAAAAGAAUUGAAACAUAAGAACAUUGUACGCCUCUACGAUGUGCUACAUUCCGAAAAGAAGUUAACAUUGGUUUUCGAACAUUGUGACCAGGAUCUGAAGAAGUACUUUGAUAGCCUCAAUGGGGAAAUCGAUAUGCAAGUGUGUCGCAGUUUUAUGCUGCAACUCUUGAGAGGUUUGGCAUUUUGCCACAGUCGUAAUGUGCUGCAUCGAGACUUGAAACCGCAGAAUCUGUUGAUUAAUAAAAAUGGAGAAUUGAAACUGGCGGAUUUUGGCCUUGCACGAGCCUUUGGUAUACCUGUUAAAUGUUAUUCGGCCGAAGUUGUCACAUUGUGGUACCGACCACCAGAUGUUUUAUUUGGUGCUAAAUUAUAUACAACCAGCAUCGAUAUGUGGUCGGCAGGAUGCAUUUUUGCCGAGCUGGCUGAUGCCGGAAGACCACUGUUUCCCGGUUCCGAUGUUCUCGAUCAAUUAAUGAAAAUAUUCCGUGUUUUGGGUACACCAACUGAAGAAACAUGGCCGGGGGUUACUCAUUUGUCGGACUAUGUGGCAUUACCACAUUUCCCUGCAAUUACGUCCUGGAGUCAAAUUGUACCUCGUUUGAAUUCCAAAGGACGUGAUUUAUUGCAAAAGCUGUUGGUAUGUCGACCCAACCAACGCAUUAGUGCAGAGCAGGCCAUGUUGCAUCCGUACUUCACUGAGAGCUCCAAUCAUUAA